AUGAAUUUAUCAGACGCUAAAAGAUCAUUCAGCGUAGGCAAAUCUUUUUAAAUUCAGUCAGAACACUCUUCAAAAGACUCAAAUAAAUUUAUUUAUUUAACUGAAAUAAAGAUUAAAAAAAUUGAUAAAUCGAUUAAUGUUCCUUUAAAUAGUUGGAGAGAUUUAUCACUAUUUGAAAUGCUUGAUGAAGCAAUAGAUUUAUUAAAAUAAAAUAAAUCUAAAAUUAAUGAUCAAUAAAAAGUGUAAUUAGCAUUAAUAUCUAGUUUAAGAGAUUGAUAACACAAUAUCAAAAUUGUAAAUAAUAAAAUCAAAUAAAGCAGAUGCUAUUCCAAUAAAGAUCUAAAAUUAUUAAAAGUAACCUAGAAAAUAUAAUAUUGUCAUAAAAUGACUUUUAAAAUUAUUUACAAGAUGUAUAAAAAUGA